CCGAGGCAGUACAUUAUUUUCCCUUGUGUUUUAGUUUUCCUUUUGGUUUUGUUCCCAUUUGUGAGAAAGUCAUCAAAGCGUUUGAUUUAUACUUAUUGUUGUGAGCAAGGGUCGUAUCUGUCGUAGAUAAAGUGCAUCUUAUCAUCAUCACAUUUUUUUUUGUUUUGUCAUUCGCACUGCGUCAAGUAUUGCACCCAAUUUAUUCUGUUUUACAGAAUGUGGUCGAAAUUACGGUCAAGCCCGCAGAUCCAGGCCGACCGGUAAUGGGAAACGUACUGGUCGUCGAGAAUGCAGUAUGAGAGUGCACAAAUUCCCCUGGUGGUCCCCCUAAUUUGUAGAAACAUGAACAGCAAUACGAACUCCAAUACCGGUUGUAAAUCAUCAUGUGGAUGCUGUGCAUGACAAGUUCCGGCGCUGAGUGUAGUGCUGUUCAAGCUUGCAGACUUUACGGGAGUAGUUGUUCAGCACUCUCAUAAGCAGCAGAGGAAGCAGACCUGAAUCGACAUCCGCUGCAGUGUGCGGAGCUACGGCCCUUCGUUUUAUGGCAGGGGUUGGAGCGGUUGCUUGAAGUACGAUCAGAACGUGGUCGGGGAGAACUACUACGCCAAAAUGUCGCUACUUCUCCUAGAACAACGCUGCUAGCAGAACGCAAUUCAACAUCUUUGGCAUCCUCGUCGUCGUCGUCAUCGUCAUCGGCGCAUCAUCAUGGACGUACUAUUAUUCUCGGGGAGCAGCCCUCCGAAGACGUCGAGGGUGUCGCGGCCUCCAGACUGGAAGUUUCGAGGGCGGAAGAAGCGCAAGAAUUUAAGGAGCGCUGUGGGAAACUCUCGGUUAUGUGCUGGAAAUUGCACAAUUCGAACAUUCAGUUGGAGGGAGAAAAAAUUGAGGUAUACCACGUAUUUUUCGGGGUUGGAGACUUAUUACUUAAGUAUAAAAAAUGCAGCUGUAAGACAAAUAUUUCGAUGAUAAUUAUGUUAAUGUUAGGACAUCUUCAUGUUUGUUAAUUUUUGGGCCCUCUUUGUAUGUAGUCGUGGGGAUGAUUGAAGAAAACAGACCAAUUUUCCGAUGAAGCUUUUUCCUGCUUUGGACUGACCAGGCUACCGAGGCAGCGGAGUCAGCGAACACGGAGCGCGACCGACUAGUCAAGAUGGUUCUGGAAAUGGAUUCUGCGCACAAAUCGGAACAAGAAAGGUUGGCGUCUCACGCCGACGACUUGGCCGCACAACUGAAGGACGCCAACGAGAGUAGGGAGGCGUUGCAGAAAACGUGUUUGGAGCAACUUCGGGAGGUGGUGCAACUGCAAAGUGUGAGUGCGGCAACUGCGUCGCGUGAGGAAGCUGCGCUGGCACGGGAAGCAAUUGCGAAGCAGGCCUUGUCUACCGCUUUAGCGCGAGUGGCAGUGCUUGAAGACGAUGAGCGAAUGCGGCAGGGUUCGCAGGAGCAGGAAGAACCAUUGUUGCCCCCGGCCGAAAGCGAGUCGUGUAUUCGGGCACGGAUAGCCGAGGAGAGGUGUCGCCAACUGGAAGCCAGAGAGAUGACGCACCUGAAUACCAUAUCCUGAGUAAAAACGGGGGGCCAAUAACCGAUAGUCAAUAUGGCGAAUGUGAUAGUCAAUAUGGCAAAUUUUCGGCACGACAAAUCAACAACUUUUGGCCGUUGCGCAUGACAAGUUAGAGAUCGUAGCAUAAUCGUCUUUAGUUAAGUAGUACUAGGCAGUGCAGCAGAUGCACCAUCACACAGCGUUUUCGGCAUGGUGCAGCAGAUUCGUAUGCGAACUCUGGGUAUCGUGGGGCCGACGUUUUUAUUCCUCUCGAUAUACCAUCAGCGAACUCCGAGACCAGGUCCGGUCCCGCGAGACGCAGCUGGAGCUGUGCGAAGUCGCGUUCAAAGAAUGUGCGGGGGUUGUCAAGGAAUUGCAAGCGGAAAAGAUGAUGCUGAAAGCAGGUAUUUGCUUAAUACUUGAAGAAGCUUUAAGUCCGACGUGAAAAGCUAUUUUGAUCAUGUCGAGAUUCUGUUCAGCAAAAUUUUUAUACGAUGUUCAUUUUUCAAAUUCAAUCAUCCUGAAAACGCGUUUGAGCGUAGCAUCCUUGUAUGGAAUUUGAAUUCAUCGGCCACGAAGUGGUGCAAAUGAUGCAGCAGGAGAACUAACGCAGCAGGUCGUGGACCACAAGGAUGAUUUAUUCCUUGAUCAUGCAUGUAAACACAUCAUUUACAACAGCGAACAAGAGACCGUCGACGGUCGAGCCUGCAAGCGAAGAGUCGGCAACGAGUACAACGAACGUCGGCACUGUUCUGGGCGGCGCUGAGGCAGAGCAAGUCGCAUCGUCUUUGCGGCAGAUCGGGGAAGUAGAUGUAGAUGAACGCGAUCAAGGGACCGAAAUAAGUCAUCUGGACCAGGAACACGAUCAAGGGACCACGCCACAAUUAGGACAACAGAAACGAAGAAGGACGGAAGCUCAACUGGUUUGGGAUACCUCAACCUCCGCUUCUUCUCGCCCGGACCAGUUAGGGCAGAUCGGGUCGUCUUCUGCCGCACCUACUCCCUACCUCUCGGUCGGCGAACGCGCUAUGAAGGUCCUGCAGGAGCACGGCAGGUUGCGUGGCAACCGCGUUCAUCUGGAUGUCACCAGGACCAAGGUGGAAAAGGCGAAGACUGCUCCACCCCGAUUGCAGAAGCGACUUGGAGGAGGUGGUGGACUUCGGAAAAAGGAAAACAAAGACAAAACUUGUCGAAAGCCAAAGCAAUGUAAAAAGAAAACCGUGAGGCUUAAGGAAUCUUUCGAAAAGAGGCAGGCGAAGCUGUGGGCAAAAAUUCUGAGGGCCGCGAAAUGCGCUGCAAAAGCGGAGAAAUUCGUGAAGCGGCCGGAGUACAACAACGCGGGCCAGCAGAGAGAUGGAAAUGUUUCCGCAGAGGAACAAGUUCCGAAAGAAGUAGAAGAGGUCAAUGCAAGUCCAAGUGCCGAACAAGAAGAGGAAAUAAUGCAAGAGCGCGGCAGAAGCAAAGCGCGCCGCCGAAAGAAAAGGAGGAAGCGAAACGCGAGAGCUGCGACAUCAAGCCAGGAGAUGAACCAGGAGAAUAACGAAGACAGUGAACAAAGCAAUGGCAGGACUUCGACCCCGAGGGACGACGACGAGGCGGCACAAAAUCCACCAGUUGCAGGAGCUCAAGACGGCACUGCCAGUGAAGCGGUCGAGCAGCCUGUUUCUUCCGAAGCCGUCACCAUGGUCGUCGUGCCCGACAUGAAUACAAGUUCCGCUUCUUCCUCUUCCAGCAGCAGCUCUUCGUCCUCUUCUAUUGCGCUGAACUACCCGGCAGCUGCACCAGCAGCCUCAGAAGUGGAACUGCUGCGAAGAUCGCAUCCCAAACUGUUUAUUGAGACCACUCUACCGCCCUCGAUUACGCGACGCAUGGGAAAAGGAAAUGAGCAGGAGGCCGAAGUAGAAGACACUCAACUUGGUCCUGGAGCAGGGGAACUACAUCAAACGAGAGCAAGAACUACCCCGACGCAGCAGCCCGUGUACUACCGAAUGCCGCCGCGGGAUCCGUCCUUGCCCCCGCCCAGCGAGGAGGAGCUUCUGCGCCAGAUGACCACGGGCUUGUGCCCAAAGUCGGGUGUGCGGGUAAUUGCUCCUGGAACUAGUACAACGACAAGAACAACUGCUCCGGUAGUUGGAUCUUCUCCUUCGGAAACGCUUGAAGAUGUUCCGGCAAGACCAACAUCUCAGGAACAAGUUGGAACUGGCAGUUCCUCGUCAUCAUCAUCUUCUUCUUCUCUUUCAGCUGCACCACGGGGGCCUUUAUUUCCUUCGGAGGAGGUUCUUGAAGAACCAAUAGAACUGCCGGUCCAAAGCUCUCUCGGAAGAUCGGAGGCACCAGCUACGCAGAUGGAAUUAUCGGAGGUUCUCGCAGCGGGGGUCGCUGCAGCCGAGGUGGAGGACAAUUCGAAGGGGGAGCAGGAGGUAGUAAGCUGCGGUGAACAUCAAACGCCACCGAACUACACGAGUGAUGUCGUAGAUGGUGUAGAAGGUCUUGACACGAGUGCUGGUCCAGCAGCUUCUGCUGCAAUUUCAAAUACCACGAUGACCGAUGUCAGUGUUCAUCCCGGAGUCGAGGAUGGCAUGGUGCUGGCCGAUGAAAUAAUGGGUCCUCGUGAGGCAACGACUGCUCAUGCAGCUACUCCCGAAACUGACGACACGAUGGAUCGUUAUUUGGAAGGAGAUGUUCUUGGAGACGUCGCCGAACAGGGGGAUUCUAGUACGACGACCCUGUCGAGGAGCAGAAAUGUGGAACGCACGGAACUGCAUCAGGGGGACGAAGGUGUUUUUUUUUGUCUCUGCGAUCUUUCUCUUCUGAAAGCACCACUCUUCGUCGGUCCAACAACACAAGUUGAAGUCAAAUUGGGUUUAUGUAAUUGCAUCACAGCAUAGGUCGCUGCAUUUUUACAUCAGACUCUUUAGAAGUAGAAGUGACACGACCAAUGGGCCAAACAAGUGAUAGAUAACACGUCGGCAAAAAAAUCAUUUUCACUCCACUGUACUACAAAAGGUUCUCCUCGUUGCGAAGAACGUCAGGUGGACAACGACGACGAGACGACUGCUAGUCGACAACCACCUUCGACGGAGCCGGUGGAACGACAGAGCAGCCCUGUUGAUGUGGCACCAGAACAUCAAGAACCGAGAUCUACUACUACUUCUUUGGGCCGCAUCCCAACGAAAGCACCACCCCUACAUCCAGGAACAACAGCAGUAGCCCUGGCGCGCACGGCGGCGGAGUUCUUGCACGCGCGUGGUGUGACCGUUAGCGCGAAUGGGACGUUCCGGGCAGGAGUUCUUGCAGCCACACAAAGUGCUCCUGGAGGUGGUGGUCCUCGGGGCCUCGUGCUUCUUCCCGGGAGAACCGCCAGUCCAGUAGUUGCGUCCUCGGCAUCAAUGUCGAGGGGAGAAGCAGCAGCAGCUGCUCUCGUUGAUGAUGAACAAGAACAGGACUACAACAGCGACACGCCAGGAGCGACGGCCACGACCGAAAGUAGAUACAGUGGCACCUUGUGUGCGGACGACGCGAACCGGAGCGCGAGCGUUCCACCCGCUCGGGACGGCGGUGGUCAUGUUGAAGACUACUACGUGGUAUCAAAUGCAAAAAUGUCUGGGUCUGGAAGAGUGCAAGAUUUGUCAUGCAUAUUUCUCAUGACCCACGGUGCCUGUAAUGCAGGACUAGCAUCGCAGACUUUUAGAUUGCUUCCUGAUGGUGCACCUUCCGCAUGAGAUGAAAUGCCCUGUCCGUGUAGCACAAACUGUGCCCCUCUUGCUGGUCAUGCAAUACAAAUUUUUUUAGAGUCCAAAAACAGCAUGACAAGUUGCAAUCUUCCAGACCCAGACAUUUUUGCAGUUGAUACGCGGACGGUGCAGGUAAUUGUACGCUGGAGCAUGGAACAACUUGUCCCGCCGUGGAAGCAGGUGAUUGUGAUGUCACUUGCACACCAACAAGUAGGAUGGCAAUCGAAGACGAUCGUACGGAUCAUGGGAGAAAAGUGGUCGGCACGAGAACACAACUUCGAAGCCUGUCCGAGCCCGGGCGAAGACCCGUGCCACGAAAGGCCGAGCGUCAAGCGGUCGUGCCGGAAGAAAUUGAGCUGGAGGAGGCCGCGGUCCCGUCCCCGCACGGAAUGCAGGUACUAUUUUUUCCACACAUAAAAGUGGGGGUGAAUGUUUAUGUUUUUGUUGCGUCGAUUUGAUCUGUAUUUAAACAUCAUCAGUACAACUAGGAGUGGGUUCUAUAGUCUCAACAUCUCGGUGUCGCGGCCCCGAUAAUUUUUCUUUUUUCUGCACAAUUUUCCGAUGUUGCCGUGUUGCAGGGUGAGACUGAAUUGGUUGAUCUUUGACUCUUCAUCUUGACCGGAUUCUUGCUUUCCUUCCCACCACCCGGUGAGAGGAACGAAGUAGGAUUUUGUUGCUUGUUGCGACAAAAACAACAGGACCUGGAGGGGGAGCAGAAUGCAGCCUCGGCCAGCGGUGGAUUCGUGGAGGAGACGAGAGCUCUGUGUACCCGACAAAAUGCACUAUCAAUUGCAGAUGUGUUUGGGUCUGGAAGGAUGUAAACUUGUGAUGCGUCCUGCGAGUCACAGAAAGUAGGAUCUGGAUUGCAUGAUUUUUGCCAAAAGUUGCUCACUACUUUUGAUGACCAGGUUGAGAAUGAGUUGUUUCUCAUGCAGAAUAGACAUGAUCGUAAAAAAGAGAAAGACCUCACAGAAUGAUCUGUCACGCCAGGUCCGGCAUUCCUUAGCGAUAGCGGGCAUGGAAAACCCGCAUAGCAGACCUCGCAAUCUUUUAGAAGAUCCAGACGUGUCUGCAAUGCAUAAGCCCUGCGGCCGUGCAACAUGGCCGAGAUGGAGGCGCAGAUGGCACACCUAACGGCCUUAUCCGAUACAAAUAUGUCUGGGUGUGGAAGCUUGUGAUGGUAAGUGGCGAUGAUUGCGCAUAAGUACUCCUGAGUGCAGCUAAGCAUGACAAAUGUUUCGGAUCACACUUCCUCAUGCGUUGUGCGCAAUAGAAAUUGCGCUUGUGCAUGACAAAAGAAAGCUUCCAGACCUCCCAGACAUAAUUGCAACGCAUACGCCUCGAUGGGCGGACGGGAGAUCGCGACAGUGAGUCCGGUGCGCCUGGGCGAAAUUCACUUCAGCCAGUCGUCUGUCGCGCCACGGUUCGGCGGGGCGCAUGGGCAGUUGCUGGACAAUACGGCAGCCAGCAUCGUCUCCGCAGUGCUGAACCAGCCGGGGCACGACCGUUUCCUGGAGCUCCGCCAGAAACUGGAAGCGUUUCCGAUGAUGCACGUGGUGCAGCAUGAGAACGUGCUCUGGGCGCUGGACAACCGACGCCUCUACAUGCUGAAGUACUUCUGGCCGGCCAUGGAUUGCUAUGACAGCGCACAACUCCCCCUCCGUUCAUUUGUCAUGCAAGAUUCCAAAUCCACUCGCUUACUUGUGGCAUGGUUUGCAUGACAAAUUUCCCCGGAUGAACAAGGCCGCCAAACUAGACUACGCUACUAGGCACACAAAUUUGUCAUGCACAGGUUCCACGUGUGGUGGUGUUUGUAUUGUUAUUCAUGCUAUACAAAUGAGGGGGAGGCGGGGGAGUUGUGCACUGUUAUAACUGCGUCAACGUGCUCUUGUUUCGGACGCCGGAGCGGCAUAUCCUGUGCAAAAGUAUCGUACUUGUAGUAAUUGCAUUUAUGCAUUACAAAUCUCUUUCUCAAGGUAAAUCAGCAUUACAAAUUUUAUUUCUCAUGCUGAGGAAAUAUGUAAUGCAAUUAUACGAAUACGAUGCUUUUGCAUUGCAUACGGCACCGCUGCUGGCAGGUCCGAACCGGGGACCGGGGCAAGCCCUUCCUGGAAAAGCUGACCACUCCGUUGUGUCAGAACCCGGACAACGAGCUAAACCCGAUCUGGGUCACCUCGCAAGCGGCGUACGUGGAGCGGCAUUUUGGGAACGGCGUGCCCCUGGUCGCAGUCCGACGUGGGCUGAACUCCGGACACCCAGCAACCGGGUCGGCGUCGGCGCAGCUGCCGCAGACUGGUGGUAUAUUUUGUUUGUUACCGCUGUAUAAUCUUCGCCCUGCCUGCUGUACUUCUACUGGUACUGUCGUUCAUGCCCAGUUGGCAUUGCACCACGAAAAACAAGAAGAUCAUUCUAGUGAUGUACAACUGUAUUUUUGCUUAGGUACUACAGUCACGUCUUCUGCCUUUCAGCAGCGCAGCCGAACACCAAAUCGGAAUGCCUACGCGCUAUAAAUCAAAUCUGUCUCCGCUAGAAGCUCUUGCCAGACUUGUGAUGCUAGGCCGACAAGAGGGGAAUAAGAUCAUCUGCCAGCACACUUCUUGCGGCGCACGGUCAGCAUUCAAUUGCCAUGCCAAUUUGCGACUUUUAUAUUCACCCAACCAGGAGCCAUUUUCGAUGGAAAAGUUGCCAUGCGCGGCGCCGUAAUUUUCUUUUUGAGGGAAGAUCGGCUGCUCAUUACCAGGACCACAUGCAGCUUCCAGGCACCGACAUAUUUGUAGAAUGCAUACGCGCAGACCGGUUGCUGCGGGAUUCACGGACAAUUCUUGA